AUGAGCAAACACCCUAAAUAUGAAAGGGUGUUUAAUCACUUUGAUGAGAAUGGAGAUGGGAAGAUAUCCCCGGCAGAGCUUCAACAGUGCGUGAAGGCAAUAGGAGGAGAGCUGUCACUUAAAGAAGCGGGGGUGGUGGUGGAGGCCUUGGAUUCGGACGAAGAUGGAUUGUUGGGGUUGGAGGAUUUCGUUAGGCUUAUGGAAGAAGUUGGAGAGGAAGAGACUUUCAAGAUGUAUGAGAUGGAUAGGUGUGGGUGUAUCACACCGAAGAGCUUGAAGAGGAUGCUUAGUAGAUUAAGAGAGUCCAGGACUAUUGAGGAAUGUGAAUUGAUGAUUGCUCAGUUUGAUCUCAAUGGUGAUGGAGUCCUCAAUUUUGAUGAAUUUAGAGUCAUGAUGUUGUGA